UAAUUUAAAAAGGGAUCUCCAGUCUGGAUGAGCACUUUUUUAGCCCGCUGAAUGCCACGGGAUAUUGGAUUGUUUCGUUAAGUUCAUGUAUUAUUCGAUUUACUCGCAAUAUCACGAUUUCACGGAUUAAGAGCUUGACUAUUUCAUUUUGGAAAGAAAUCGUUUAUUAAGCCAUGAUUUCUGUUUCGAAAACGUCGUCCCUAGGCGGUCUCCUUUUUCUGGGACUCGCCAUACAUUUGACCGUAGUCCAGGCUGCAGAAGGAACACCCACACCAAAAAAAGCGGGAACAACACAGAAGGAUAAAGCUGGCAAAAAUGUAGACUAUUGCGAUCCCUCGUUAUGUCUUAAAGGUCAACGCCAUGUCGCCUGUAACAUUACAAACGAACUCCACAAAAGAUGUUCAAUGAACGCUGAGCUUGUAACAAUAACUGACAAGCUACGGACUUUUGUAACUCAUCGCCUUAACGAGCUGCGAAAUAAUGCUGCGCAGGGCGGAUAUAAUGGAGUGAAUCCGGCUGCCCGCAUGUCCACCCUAACUUGGGACUCGGAGCUAUCGCAUCUGGCCGAGUUCAAUGUGCAGAAGUGUAUGCUUAACUCCGAUAGUUGUCUGAACACCAAAAACUAUAAACACGUUGGUCAGAUCGUUGGUUAUCGCGGCUUUAAAAAAAACAUUCCGACUUUGGAGGACAUCCUAAGUGAUAUCGGAAGGACUUGGGUGCGGACCCGCUUUUCCAGCUCAAUGACAGACACAAAUGAUGAUCAGAUUUCCAAGGUGCCCAAGGUCGAUUUUCUCCAGAUGGUAGUCGAAAAUGCCAAGCAUGUGGGCUGCGCUGUCCUCCAGCAGUCCAACAACGGAUGGUGGCAGACCUUCUUCACCUGCAACUUUGAUGUUGCCCCCACUAAGGGUGCUCCCAUCUUCGAGUCCAGCAAAACGCCGGCCUCAUCCUGCCAGACUGGUAAACAUAAAGUAUACACAAAUCUGUGCUCGCAAGAUGAAACCUACAGCAGGGCAAGAUCAAGACUUAAAUUCGAUUAUUUGAGCAGCCAACGGGACUAUAAAUCAGAACAGAUUAUUCAGAAUAACGAACAGGCGAUCUCAAAUGCUAAAGCUACAUCUAUGCCAAAAGUUCAGAGGAGAAGUGGUAAUCAACCCAGGGAUGGGGGGAAGGCAACUACAGAAGAUGCAGCUGGAGCAACUACAGAAGAUGCUACGACGGGAGCACCAAUACCAGCGCCUCAUGUAGAUAAACCAAAGCUACAGAAAAAAUUCGCUAAAUUCCUAAGGGAGAUGAAAAUAGCAGAGAAAAAACGUGAAAGGCGGAAUAUAGUUAUAAUAACUAGCAACCAUGAGGUGGAAGACACUGGAAUGUCGCAACUCGAGGAAGUCAAGGAUCACAAUGAAAAUAAGCCCGGAAACAUGAGGAGACUAAAAAGUUCCCGCAGACAGAAGAAACCCGAAUGGAUUGUUGUCAAUACUUGAUGUACUCCGGGAUGUUUGCAGCGUUAAUGUCUAAUAUUUUAAUUACCAUAAACGAAUAAGCAUUAAAAAUAUAUAGAACUGAAAGACUUUAAGGUUUAAUUUCUCUAUUUUGGAAACAGUUUAAUUAUGAUAUUCAUUAAAUUUGUAAAAAUUCAA